UGUUGUUCAGUGCCUGUAUGUGGUGGGGGCGUCUGAAGUGGCGAAAGUACGGGUCUAUUUCCACUGGCUGUGGAGAAGGGGAGGGUCUUUAUUACCCCCGCACUGAGACUGAAUCAGUUCAGUACAGUUAGAGCCGGAGACAGACGCCACAUCGGCAAAAAACAGACGCGCAUCACGACGCGCGACUGGAAAACAAGACGCCGGAUGUAUUGACUGCAUUCCUAACGGUGACGCGGUUAUACUAAUGUCGAUUCCGCUACUGUAGCGAUUCUCAGUCACCACAGAACAACAUCAGCAAAGGGAUUUCUCAAACGGUCGAGCCUGAUGGACGCACAAACGGAUAUGAUAUUGUGAACGUUCGCGAUGUUGUUCUGAGGACCGAGGGAGAAUCUGCGCACUGCAGUAACGCUACAUUCCACAACGCACACGACUGGACGCUGGAUGUGAUGGAUAUUGGAUAUCUGUCGGCAAACGAGGAGAUCUCAUCUGGGUUUUCAUUAAGAACAAAGUUUGCUUGCAUGAAAACAUCAUUUGAAUUGUUCUUGUGCGUGCUCAUUCACUGUGAUUGAGUGGCUCGAGCCGCUCUAUCCUUCAACAGAUGAGAAGCAACCAGUUCCUACAACUUCAGUUGUCUGCACUAGGGGAAAAGAAUGGUGUUUAUGACCGAAAUCUCAAAACAUAUCGGAAUCAUCCCACGAAAAUAGUCACCCAGCCUGGAAUCGUAAUGAAAGUGUUGCGGAGGAAGAGAAUUGUACUGUUUAUAGCGUAUUUUCUGCUGUUAGUUCUCACCAUGCUGAACUUGGCUAACUACAGAUGGACUAAAGAACCUCAACAGUGUAAUCUCCAGAUGAGAAGCACUCCGUAUCAGGGAAGGUCAGAUAUCCGAUUCCUUUACAGACCAUCCCUUGCUAAGAAGAGACAGCUCGUCUAUGUUUUGACCACAUGGAGGUCCGGUUCAUCAUUUUUUGGAGAGCUGUUUAAUCAACAUCCAGAGGUUUUCUUCCUGUAUGAACCUAUGUGGCACAUCUGGCAGAAGCUGUACCCGGGUGAUGCCGUGUCCUUACAGGGAGCAGCGAGGGACAUGCUGAGCUCGCUGUACCGCUGCGACCUUUCAGUUUUUCAGCUGUACAACAGCCCUGGGAGCAAAAACUUCACCUCCCUCGGACUUUUCGGGGCCACGCUUAAUAAAGUCAUCUGCUCGUAUCCUCUUUGCUCAGCUUAUAGAAAAGAAGUCGUCGGGAUGGUGGAUGACAAAGUGUGCAAAAAAUGUCCUCCGCAAAGCCUCCAGCUCUUAGAGGAAGAAUGCUUGAAGUACAACACUAUAGUCAUAAAGGGGGUUCGGGUUUUGGACGUCAACGUUUUGGCGCCUCUUAUGGAGGAUCCGUCUUUGGAUCUGAAGGUGAUUCAUCUUGUGCGAGAUCCCAGAGCCGUGGCCAACUCCAGGAUCAAAUCCAGGCACGGGCUGAUUCGUGAGAACUUGCAGGUGGUCCGAAGCAGGGAUCCCAAACUCCGUCGGAUACCCUUUGUGGAUCCCGGUCACAAAAUUAGCAAAAAAGAUGGCGCAGAUUACCAUUCGGUUGGGGCUAUGGAGGUCAUAUGCGACCGGACGUACAGGAGCCUGAGGACCGCCUUAAAUCCGCCCGACUGGCUGAAAGGGAAAUACCUGGCGGUACGCUACGAAGAUCUGGUGGAUAACCCUGUCAAAACACUCCGGAAUGUUUAUAAAUUUGCCAAUCUCAGUGCCAACCUUGACAUUGAGUCUUUUGCUCUUAACAUGACGAAUGGCACAAGCUCUUCCUCAAAGCCAUUUAUCGUGUCGGCCAGGAACGCGACACAAGCGGCCAGUGCGUGGAGAACAGUGUUGAGUAUUCAACAGAUAAAACAAGUAGAGGAGUACUGCCAUCAUGCGAUGGCCAUCCUGGGUUAUGAACGUGUAAGAACAGCUGGAGAAGCAAAAGACCUGAGUAAAUCUUUAUUGACUGCCUCUAAACUGUGACAGAGUUCUUGCACAGGAGAUAGCUUUCAAAUUCCCAACGGAAAAGGAGGACCAGCUCAGUAACUGAGGAUUUGUUUGUUCAAAUCAAGGAUUUCACAAUCACUUUCGGGAAUGUCAUAGCUCUUUGUGGUCAUUUAAUAGCACUGUUUGUUUUCUAAAUGAAACUGUAGAUGUUUGAUACGGCAGCAUCUGUGAACCACAGCUGGAAAAUUUAUAUUGUACAAAACAAAUGUUGCAUUGCCCUUUUUUCCCCCUUAAAUGGAUGCUUACGGUUGUUUGGAAUGUUUUUGAGUAUCACUUCAUUUGCUGUAUGUAAAAUUAAGAAAUGAGAAUGGAAAAUGAGCAACAAAAAUACUGAUCAAUGCAGUUAGUGCAGGUAAUGCUAUUUCUUUAGAAUCAAUUCAAAGACAAUCAUUAAAGUUCACAAUGAAUGCCAGUGUUAUAUGUUAUGUAAGGCAUAUUUCUCAUUACCAAAUAAAAUGUUAAAGCAAUUCGUUGCAAAAUCUUAAAGGCUAUGUUUAUGCUGCUUAGUUCCGGGCUUAUUUUGAAAGCAUAAACGUUAGGCUAUAAUUAUAGCAUUUUAAUGGAGUAAAUAAAAAAAUGAACAUAAAAUGGUUCAGUUUUAGUUAGUUCUGAGAAAAGAUCUAGAUGCAUUUGUUGACAUUUUAUCAUAUGCUUCACCAAAACUUGGAAGUUCGUUCAGUGCACUCUGUGGGGCUUCAGAGUCAUAUAUUGGUUUAAAAUUUAAUAUUGAUCUGCAUUUGUUAUUCAGGGAUGUGAAUGGGAUUGAGAGAACACUGAUGCUAUGAAACUUGGAUUCAAACAGGGUGUCACUUG